GAAGGUGUGACGUUGUCACCACGUACCAUAUCCGGUUCGGCAAUGGAACAAUUAUACGGAAUUCCAUUUAACUUUCUAGAAUGCCCCAACCUGAAAUUAAAGAAACCCUCAUGGGUGAAAGCACCGUCCCCAAUGACAGUGUUUGGACUUGUCCUUUUUUCGUACUUUUUAGUAACAGGAGGCAUUAUCUAUGAUAUAAUUGUUGAACCUCCAAGUAUCGGAUCUACAACAGACGAAAAAGGCAACAGUAAACCUGUGGCCUUCAUGCCAUAUAGAGUAAACGGCCAAUACAUUAUGGAGGGAUUAGCAUCUAGUUUCCUCUUCACUCUUGGUGGAUUAGGUUUUAUUGUGUUAGACCAAACAAAUAAACCAAUGACACCUAGACUCAAUCGAAUUUUGCUGUUAUGUUUUGCUUUCGUUUGCAUUCUGGUAUCGUUUUUCACAGCCCGAGUCUUCAUGAGAAUGAAAUUACCGGGAUAUAUGCAAUCAUAG